AUGUCUCUCAUCCGUGGCGUCUACGACCCCUUCGCUGAUUUCAAUCGCUUCUUUGACGACGCCUUCCUCUCCCGUUUCUCGGGCGGAGACGCGAACGCAAAUCGCGAAGUAGACAUUCACGAGGAUGCAAACAACACCGCCACCGAGACCUUCGAGUUGCCCGGACUUAAGAAGGACGACGUGAGCAUCCAGCUGCACAACAACCGUCUCACCGUUUCCGGCGAAACAAACGUCUCCUCUGAGCGCGAGGAGAACGGGUUCGCGGUCCGCGAGCGCUCGUUUGGCCAGUUCGAACGUACGCUCAGGCUUUCAGAGGGAGUCAAUGAGGCGGGUAUCAAGACUAAUAUACAAGAUGGUCUCCUCACCGUCUCGUAUCCGAGUUUGCCAGCCGGGCAGGCGCCGAAGCCCAUGAUCGUCUUGUGA